GGGGGAGGGCGCGUCAGGCCGCCGCGUUUGGUUUGAGCAACACACAACACACUCAGCUCAACCGCAUAUCAUGAGCAACGAUUUCGACCUUGUCAACGGCGACAUCAAUGCAUACUGCUGGUCAAAGCUGUAUCCCGCCUGGGGAGUGGGCAUGGCAGUGGCUGGCAUUCCUGCGCUGGCCUUUGUGACGCUGGCACCGAUUGCAAAGCGGAUGCCUAUCUCGGCACGAUCGGGGAUUGCGGUCAGUGCGCUGGUGGCUGGUGGCUGGGUCAACAGCGAGACGACGGUCAUGUCGUGCCGGGCCAAGCUGGAGAAGGCGCGCCGGAUUUACGCGCGGGAGCAGGCCAAGGCCGAGAAGCAACAAUAAACGAGGGCGCUAUGCA